GGGGGUAGAGGUCAACCACGGUACGGAAUGCCGGAGACUUCCGGGCUGGGGUCUGGUGGGGGGAAGUGGUUUCGUUCAGCUGUUUCCCCCUCGGACCGCUGACUCUGGCCGCUGGGGAUGGAUGAGGAUGGGUUGCCCCUUGUGGGCUCUGGCAUCGACCUGACCAAGGUUCCAGCUAUUCAGCAGAAAAGAACUGUGGCAUUUCUAAACCAGUUUGUGGUUCACACAGUGCAGUUCCUUAACCGCUUUUCUACUGUUUGUGAAGAGAAGUUGUCAGCUCUAUCUCUCCGUAUCCAACAAAUUGAAACAACGCUUAACAUUUUGGAUGCAAAGUUGUCAUCUAUUCCCGGCUUGGAAGAUGUCAAAUUUGAAGUAUCGAGUGCAAAUAUUAACAGUGUUACAAAUGGUCCAGUUCCACAAGCCUCUACAGAUCAGCACUCAGUAUCUGUAUCUCCUCAGUCAGCACAGAAUAACAUACAUGAGAUAGGACAACAGAAAACAGAAGCAGCAGCAGAAAAUGUCAUGACUGUAGCCAAGGAUCCAAGAUAUGCCAGAUAUCUCAAAAUGGUUCAAGUGGGUGUUCCUGUAAUGGCAAUAAGAAACAAAAUGAUUUCUGAGGGGCUAGACCCAGAUCUCCUUGAGACACCAGAUGCCUUAGUGCCUACGUGGGGAGAUGAAGUGAAUGCAGAAGAAAGUUCUGACAGUGAAUCUUCAUUUAGUGACUAAAGAGACUGAUUUCUGCCUUAGAGAACUUCUGAUAAGUGCUAUAUAUUUGGCGCUUUUUACAUUAUAGCAGGAGAAUGGUAAAUAAUUAUUCAUAUGGCUCAAACAAAACCAAACACCUUUUUUGGUGCUGAGAUCCUCAUGUUCUCUUCCAGGAAGUUUUAACAGACAAACACAUUCAACCUGAACUAAGAUCUCAAUCAGUAUAGCUCAUAAUGCAUUAUCACACACUGAGAAGGCCUUAUACAAGAUUCUUCUGUCUUGCAGAAGUAAAAAAUGCUAUUUAUAUAUUAAACUGUCAUUUGUGAAACUCUAAUAAAGACUUUGGUCUGAUAUGAUUAGACUUGCAAUUUAACAUUUUGUUUAUCUAAAUCCAUUCUGCCUAUCCCAUAGCUUGCAGGCUAGGCUUUUCAAAUUGGAAUGGCCUAAUUUCAGACUGAUGCACUGUAAUGUUUCUUAUGCUAUGGUUUUAUACUUAAAUGACGCAGCAAGAAAUACAAAAGUUAGCUAUUUUAUAAUGAACCCAAUGAGUUCUGUAUAGCAAACUGAUCUAAAAAUCAGAUAUUCAAAAAAAAAUUAAAUCUAAUUUUCAAAGUGUAAACUGCUAUUCUGACUUCACUCAGAAUUUGAUAUAAAGUUUGAUAAAGACAUUUCUUUAAAAAAAAAAAUGAAUCUGUAUAAAUCCAGAUUAGAGUGGAGUACAAGGCUACACAACUCCAGCGAGUUGUUUUGAAAAUGGCAUUGUGAAGGAAAUGGGUUACCAGAAAAUUAUUAAUGGAAUAUUGAAGCCUUUCACCACUUAUUCACUGUGACACAGGUCAGUAAUAACCAAAAGUAGAAACCACCCUCUGAUAGCUGUUAGGCUCAUUUGAAGUGAUCUGUGGUCUUAGUUCAUCUUAUGUUGGACAAGAAACCCUCUCAUAAGUGGUGUCCUUUUUGAUAGUUUCAUCAGAGAAACCAAGGAUUUAUUUUACCCAGAUGAUAAACCAUCCUCUCACCUCUGGAGGUGGUAUCUUGGAAACAGUGUAAAGCUACAUUGGGGGGGAGAGGUAUGAGAGACCCAUUCUGUGCCUGAUUUAUCCACAGAGCUAAUAUCUUUUUCUAAAGCACUUAAUUCACUGUAUGGACCAAACAGUAUGAAAUUCUGUAAGACUUGUAUGAUACUGUGUGUUUUUACAUCAAAUUCUUCAGUGUACUUGGUCUCAGCGGGUCACAGUUGUAUUCCUACACUGAAAUGUUAGGCUAAGUGCAGCAGAACUACUAGAUUGGCUGGAUCAUUUAAAUAAUGUCUUUUGGCAUUCAUCUUAAAACACAGAGGGAAGACUAGAAUGCAGCUUUGAUUAUAAGCAAACUUAUCAGGUUUUAUUAAAGAGCUCAUUACAUCCUCCUGCCUUGAGCAGUGCUUCAGAUAAAGGCUUUGCUCCAGCAAGUCAUCUGUUCAUUCUGUAACUUUUAAGGACCGCUCUUAUAUAAGCAAAAUGGGAAGAGAGAAACUCUGGCCUGGUCUACACUUAAAAAUUAGAUCAGCGAAGCUAUGUCACGUAGGGGAUAUGAAAAAAUUCACACCCCUGAGCAUUGUAGUUGAGCCACCUUAAGCCCCAAUGUAGACACAGCUAGGUUGACAGAGGAAUUCUUCCAAAAACCCCUUCCAUCACUAUAGAAAACUUAUACACUAUGGCAUUAUAGCGCCAAAGCUGCAGUGCUGUAUCUGUGCUGCUGUAGCUCUUGUACUGUGGACAUAGCCUAUCUGUAUAAUCUCUACAUUUAAAAUAUUUAUAACCCAUAUGAAAGCGAUGUGCACUAAAGAAUAACUAGUGAAUAUUAAUAGAUCACAUUUAAGCUAGCACUUGCUCAAGUAACAAGUAGUAAGAUAUGUUAGCAAUAAAUAGUUAUUUCAGAACCUAAAUGUGUAUUGUAAUGUUCUUUCACAUAUACUGAAACACUGGUACUUCAUGAAGUCUAUUUGAAACUGAUGGAAGCACGUGUAUAUAAUUAAAGCUAUGUUUUGUAAA